AUGUCCCAGAGCAAUUUCUUCCCAUCCAUCGGCGCAGUUGCUGAGAAAGCCGAUAAUGCACCAGAGAAUGUGCAGGCAAAGCCGGACAAAGAGUCGGAUGCUACGCCAGCACGGGAGAUUGAGUCGCUUUGUAUGAAAUGUGGAGAGCAAGGUAUCACUCGUAUGCUCCUUACGUCGAUACCGUACUUUCGAGAAGUCAUCGUUAUGUCGUUCCGAUGCGAACAUUGCGGGGCGACGAACAACGAAGUGCAGUCUGCAGGGGAAAUCAGGCCUGAGGGAAUAUCAUAUACCGUCCGUGUCCUCGCCCGUCCGGACUUGAAUCGCCAGAUCGUUCGUUCAGCGACUUGCGACAUUGCUAUCCCUGAAUACCAGCUCACGUUACCCGCAUCGUCUCGAGGACAGCUUACCACCGUCGAGGGCCUCAUCCGAGACGUCGUUGCCGAUCUCAGCCUCGACCAACCCGUCCGGAAAUACCAAGACCCCGAAAGCUACGCCAAAAUCCAGGCGCUGAUCGCCCAGCUCAAGGAAAUCCUAGCGGAUGAGGAGAACGAUGACGACGACGAUAAGGAUGGGGAGAAGCCGGGAGUCGUAGUGCUCAGACAUGCCGCUGACAAGGACAAUAUUCCUAUGCCGCCAUUCACGAUCAAGCUCGACGAUCCGUCUGGGAACUCGUUCAUCGAGUUCGUUGGGAGUAUGGCUGAUCCGAAGUGGACUAUGAAGACCUACCCUCGAACGCUCCAGCAGAAUAUUGAUUUGGGCUUGGUAGCGGAUGAGGGGAAAGAACCGAGCAAGGAGGUGGAAACGAUUGGCGGGGACGGGGUGAAUGAAGAGAUAUUCGUUUUCCAUGGGACGUGCUCGAGUUGCGGGCACCCGUUGGAUACCAUGAUGAAGAAGGUCAACAUACCCUACUUCAAGGACAUUAUAAUCAUGUCCACGAACUGCGACCGGUGCGGGUACCGAGACAACGAGGUCAAGUCUGGCUCAGCAAUCUCCGAGCAGGGCAAGCGGAUAACGUUGAAAGUUGAGGAUAAGGAGGAUCUCAGCCGAGAUAUCCUCAAGAGCGAAACAGCAGGCUUGACAAUCCCCGAGAUCGACCUGGUGCUGUCACAUGGAACUCUGGGUGGACGAUUUACGACGCUGGAGGGUAUAUUGGAACAAGUGUACGAGGAAUUAUCAGAGAAGGUGUUCGCGGGGGACUCGAAGGAUGCAAAAGACGGCAACUCCUUCGAAGACUUCCUGAAGAACCUCAAAGAGGUCAAGAACGCCGAGCGACCGUUUACGCUGAUCCUCGACGACCCUCUCGCCAACUCAUACGUGCAGAACUUGUACGCGCCCGACCCAGACCCAAAUAUGGAAGUCGAGAUGUACGACCGCACGUUUGAGCAGAACGAAGAACUAGGGUUGAAUGAUAUCAAAGUCGAGGGGUAUGACAACGACGUCGAGGCUGCAGGGGAGCGGAAAGCAGAGGAGGAAGUCGUAAAGCCAUAG